GCCACGUCCUCCGGCUUCCCCACCAGAGGCCCUUCUGAGCCUGAAGGCAGGGCGAGCGCCGAAGGAGGAGCCGGCGAGGGGCAGCCCGAGCCGUUCAGCGACAGUGGGAGCUGGGGGUGGCCGGAACCAGGAGGCGGGAGGUAGGCGGAGGACUACCCCACCGCAGUCGAUAAACCAGCCCCAAGGUCACUGGGAGCGGAGCUGCGGCGGGAUUGGAGGCUACUCUUUCCAGCAGGGGCUGCGGUCACCAGGGAGUUGGUCGCCUGCACCGGGUGCCUCGGAGAGGGGCGCAGCGAGCGCGUCUCUCCGGCGCCGGCGUCCCUCGGGCUUUGGGGACAACAGCCGGCGGCGGCGUGGCCCCGAAACCCACCUCGGAUUCUGGCGCAUUAAGGCAUUUGAAGGCUCUGGUUUCUCAGCCAUUGCCACCGAGUUUCUAUCGGUUCCAAUUCAGCCUCCAAGUCGCAGCCGCUGCAAAACCUACGCUGACCCUGGACUGACUUUUCCUGAGGCGGUGGGUCUCGCGUAGGGCCGCCGAGGCGCCGGGAACUGACCCGAACUGACCCUACCCGCCCGAGGACGGGGCUGGACAGCGCAGCGGGACCGCCGUCGGGCGAAGGCGCUGCGCCACGGCCCCUGGAGGCUGCCAGUGUGAUUUCUCCAGAAUCCUGCUCGCUCUUCUCUGCCACCAGGUGUCUCAAGUCUUAUUCCUGCCAUCCUCUCCUUUGUUGCAAACUUUCUUUGAAAACUCCUAAUUCUGUUUCGCAAGUUCUCUCCCCAGCUGCCCUAACUCCACCCCCAAAGGCUGGUAUAAACUGCAGGCGCCAGUCCUGAGCCCUGAGAACCGGCCUGGAAGAGAAGGACACUCACUCGGCGGGCUGGGAUCAGAGGGGCAUUCUGGCCCCGCGGCCCCCAUGCCGCUGUUUUGGAUAUCAGGUCUUGGGGCCGGAAUAGUCUUACUGCACUUCGUGCAGAAACUCCUGUUCCCUUACUUCUGGAACGACUUCUGGUACCUGCUGAAGGUGGUUUGCUGUGGAAUUCGGCUGCAGCUGUACAGUCGGAAAGGGCAGCUCGUCACUGUCCUGGAUAAAUUUCUGAGCCAAGCCAAGAAGCAGCCCCAGAAACCUUUCAUCAUCUACGAAGGGGACAUCUACACCUAUGAGGAUGUGGACAAAAGGAGCAACAAAGUGGCCUGUGUCUUCCUGAACCAUUCCACGCUGAAAGGGGGGGACACUGUGGCUCUGCUGAUGAGCAAUGAGCCCGACUUUGUCCACGUGUGGUUCGGCCUAGCCAAGCUGGGCUGUGUGGUGGCCUUCCUCAACUCCAACAUUCGCUCCAACUCCCUCCUGCACUGCAUCCGCAGCUGUGAGCCUAGGGCCCUCGUGGUGGGCACAGAUUUGCUUGAAGCCAUAGAAGAGAUCCUCCCCAACCUCCCAGAAGAUAUCAGUGUUUGGGCAGUGAGAGACUCUGUCCCCCAAGGUGUAAGUUCACUCACAGAAAAACUGACAACAGCAUCUGACAAGCCAGUGCCAAGCAGCCACCGUGUUGUCUCAAACCUCAAGUCUCCUUAUCUUUAUAUUUUCACCUCUGGAACAACAGGUCUACCAAAAGCAGCUGUGAUUACUCAGCUACAAGCUUUAAAGGGUUCAGCUGGAUUGUGGGCUUUUGGUUGUACUACUGACGAUAUCAUUUAUAUAACCCUUCCUCUGUAUCAUAGUUCAGGAUCUCUCCUGGGAAUUGGUGGAUGUAUUGAGUUAGGAGCUACUUGUGUGUUAAAGAAGAAAUUCUCAGCAAGCCAAUUUUGGAAUGACUGCAAAAAGUAUAAUGUGACUGUGUUUCAAUAUAUUGGAGAAAUCUGUCGCUACCUUUGCAAACAACCUAAGAGAGAAGGAGAAAAGGACCAUCAGGUGCGUUUGGCAAUUGGAAAUGGUGUGCGGAGUGAUGUAUGGAGAGAAUUUGUAGACAGAUUCGGAAAUAUCAAGAUGUGUGAGCUUUAUGGAGCAACUGAAGGAAACAUUUGUUUAAUGAAUCACACUGGGAAAAUUGGAGCAGUCGGGAGAACAAAUUUCUUUUACAAAGUUUUUUUCAAUUUCGACUUGAUAAAAUAUGAUUUUCAGAAAGAUGAACCCAUUAGAAAUGAACAGGGCUGGUGCAGCCGCGUGCAAAAAGGAGAACCUGGACUUCUCGUUUCUCAAGUGAAUAAAAAGAAUCCCUUCUUUGGUUAUGCUGGGAGUAAGAAGCACACAGAAAAGAAAUUGCUCCGUAAUGUUUUUAAGAAGGGAGAUGUUUACUUUAACACAGGAGAUUUGAUGGUCCAAGAUCAGGAAGAUUUCCUUUAUUUUUGGGACCGUAUUGGAGACACUUUCAGAUGGAAAGGGGAAAACAUUGCAACCACGGAGGUUGCUGAUGUUAUUGGAAUGUUGGAUUUCAUAGAAGAAUCAAAUGUCUAUGGUGUGGCUGUGCCAGAUUAUGAAGGGAAAGCAGGAAUGGCCUCUAUUAUUUUAAAACCAAAUAAAUCUUUAGACUUGGAAAAAGUUUACGAACAAGUUGUAACAUUUCUACCAGCUUAUGCCUACCCACGGUUUUUAAGAAUUCAGGAGAAGAUGCAAGUGACAGGGACAUUCAAACCAAAGAAGUUUCCGUUGGUUCAAGAAGGAUUUAGUCCAUUGAAAAUUUCUGAUCCACUUUACUUCAUGGACAACUUGAAAAAAGCUUAUGUUCCACUGACCAAAGAACUUUAUGAUCAAAUCAUGCUAGGUGAGAUCAGACUUUAAGGUUCAUUUAGUCUGCAGCAUCUCCACAUGCUUCCUCAGGCGAGGUGAGAGGAGGGCACGAGGCUCUCGGCGCGAGAUGAGGAAAGGAACUGACGUUCACUCAGCAUGUGCAACCGCUUUUCUUUAAUUAAGACCUUUAAUUUGUUUGAAUAACAAACUUAAGUUAAUUAUCCUUUUUACCUAUUUGGGGAUUCAGCGCAUAACUAAAAAUUUGCCUUAAUCACAAAACUUUUAAAUAAUAAGUAAGUGGGUAAUGUGUAGAUACUUAAUAAGAAUGUACUUUUUAAUACUUAAAGUUUCUAGUUUUGAAUACAUGGUUAAAUCUUACUUGAAUGUUUCAUUUUUAUGUGCCCUGUCCUGUUAUUCAAUAAAAUCAUCUUCA